AUGGAUAUAAAAGCAUGGCAUGUGUCCGAGAAGAAUGAGUUCCUCUCCAAUCUCUUCAGUUUUCAUACGUGUACAGAAGAAAGCAGCAGCAAGAACAGCAUCAUGAAAGCAUUUAAAAGCGGAAUAUUCACCAUCAGCCUGAUGGCAAUCUUUAAUCCAACGCCUGCAGCGACCCAGAACCUGUCCUACGGAGCCGACAACUUCUACCGCAGCCCCAAUGUGACAGCCCAGCCCAUCACCUUUCCCACACAGAACCAAAUGACCAUCGCAGGCAACAUCUUCGUCCACAAGACCCUGAACCACAGCACCAACACACCAGCCAUCGUCGUCGGCCACCCCAUGGGCGCCGUGAAAGAGCAGAGCGCAAACCUCUACGCCACCAAACUGGCCGAGCAAGGCUUCAUCACCAUCUCACUCGACCUCCCCUUCUACGGCGGCAGCUCCGGCGAGCCUCUCAACGCCGUAUCCCCAGACCUCUACGCCGAGGCAUUCAGCGCCGCAGUCGACUAUCUCGGCACGCAGAGCCACGUCCACGUCCACCGCGAGCGAAUCGGCGCCCUAGGCAUCUGCGGCAGCGGCGGGUUCGUUAUCAGCGCCGCGAAAAUCGAUCCACGCAUAAAGGCCAUCGCAACCGCAAGCAUGUACGACAUGGGCGCCGUCAACCGCAACGGACUGCGCCAUUCACAGGGGGUGGAAGAGCGCAAGGAGGUCAUUGCCGCGGCCGCGCGGCAGCGUUGGAUUGAAGCUGAAUCUGAAGCCGCCGGGGAUGAGGACGCGGUGCAGUAUACUCCCGGAACCCCGGUUAACCUCACGGCCGAGUCGACUGCAGUGGAUCGCGAGUUCUACGACUUCUACCGCACCAGGCGCGGUGCUUUCACGCCUGAGGGCUCGAGGCCGGAGCUCACGACCGCGCGGUCGACGACGAGUAAUGUGCGAUUCAUGAACUUCUACCCGUUUAACGAUAUCGAAACGAUCUCGCCGCGGCCGGUGCUCUUUAUUUCCGGUGACCAGGCGCACUCGCGCGAGUUCAGUGAGGAUGCGUAUGCGCGUGCGGCGGAGCCGAAGGAGUUAUAUUGGGUUCCUGGGGCGGGUCAUGUUGACUUGUAUGACCGUGUGGAGCUGAUUCCGUUUGAGAAACUUGGCCGUUUCUUCAGGGGGAAUCUUUGA